AGGUUCUCCCCUCGAAUGACCUGUGGAGGGAUUGCCGUGGGUGACAGACAGCACUCUCGUUGGACACUCAGAAUAGAGACAUCCUCACUCCACUGCGCAGAGCCUUGCUAUAACAAAUAUGCAAAGGGGAUGCAGAGAGCCACCAAUGUCACCUAUCAGGCCCAUCACGUCAGCAGGAACAAGCGUGGUCAAGUGGUUGGCACCAGAGGCGGAUUUCGUGGAUGCACAGUUUGGUUAACAGGUCUCUCCGGGGCCGGGAAGACCACGGUGAGCAUGGCGCUGGAGGAAUACCUGGUGUGUCACGCCAUCCCGUGCUACACGCUGGACGGCGACAACAUCCGCCAGGGCCUCAACAAGAACCUCGGCUUCUCGCCGGAAGACCGGGAGGAAAACGUCCGCCGCAUCGCCGAAGUGGCCAAGCUGUUUGCCGAUGCCGGCCUGGUGUGCAUCACGAGCUUCAUCUCUCCUUAUACCCAGGACCGUAAUAACGCCAGACAAAUCCACGAAGGUGCAAAUUUGCCAUUUUUUGAAGUGUUCGUUGACGCACCUUUGCACGUUUGUGAACAGAGGGAUGUCAAAGGACUGUACAAAAAAGCUCGAGCUGGGGAAAUUAAAGGUUUCACUGGGAUCGACUCCGAAUACGAAAAGCCCGAAGCCCCCGAAUUAGUGCUGAAGACAGACUCCUGCGAUGUGAAUGACUGUAUCCAACAAGUUGUGGAGCUUCUGCAAGAAAGGGACAUCGUGCCUGUGGACGCCUCCUAUGAAGUCAAGGAGCUGUACGUACCGGAAAACAAACUUCAGCUGGCUAAAACGGAUGCGGAAACCUUACCGGCCCUGGAAAUCAAUAAGGUGGACAUGCAGUGGGUACAGGUUUUGGCAGAAGGUUGGGCAACUCCACUGAACGGCUUUAUGAGGGAGAGGGAAUACUUGCAGUGCCUGCAUUUUGAUUGCCUUCUGGACGGGGGAGUGAUUAACUUGUCGGUGCCUAUCGUCCUGUCGGCUUCCCAGGAGGACAAAGAGAGACUGGACGGCUGGACGGCGUUUGCCCUGAUGUUCGAGGGGCGGCGGGUGGCUAUUCUCCGCAACCCAGAGUUCUUCGAACACCGGAAAGAGGAACGCUGUGCCAGGCAGUGGGGGACCACGUGCCCGGAGCACCCCUACAUCAAGAUGGUCAUGGAGCAAGGAGACUGGCUGAUUGGUGGUGAUUUGCAAGUCCUCGACCGUAUAUAUUGGAACGACGGUCUCGAUCAGUAUCGCCUCACUCCCGCCGAGCUGAAGCAGAAGUUUAAAGAUAUGAAUGCUGAUGCGGUCUUCGCCUUCCAGUUGCGGAAUCCGGUGCACAACGGCCACGCUCUGCUAAUGCAGGACACCCAUCGGCAGCUGCUGGAGCGGGGCUACCGGCGUCCCGUUCUCCUCCUGCACCCCCUGGGCGGCUGGACCAAGGACGAUGACGUCCCGUUGCCGUGGCGAAUGAAGCAGCAUACUGCCGUGCUGGAGGAGGGCGUCUUGAAUCCAGAAACCACCGUGGUGGCCAUCUUCCCGUCUCCCAUGAUGUACGCUGGACCCACUGAGGUCCAGUGGCACUGCAGAUCUCGAAUGGUGGCCGGAGCCAACUUCUACAUCGUGGGCCGAGACCCCGCCGGCAUGCCUCACCCGCGGACGGGAAAGGAUCUCUACGAACCCACCCACGGGGCCAAAGUGCUCACGAUGGCUCCGGGCCUGAUAACCCUGGAAAUCGUUCCCUUCCGGGUCGCAGCUUACAAUAAGAAAAAGAAACGCAUGGACUACUACGACGCCGAACACCACGAAGACUUUGAAUUCAUCUCAGGGACCCGCAUGCGUAAACUGGCCCGGGAUGGGCAGAAGCCCCCCGACGGCUUCAUGGCUCCGAAGGCCUGGACUGUGCUGACAGAGUACUACAAAUCCCUGGAGAAGCCUUAGGCCGGCGUUCCCAGCCGUCUAAUGCAUGAUUUAUUCCCAGAAAGGGGACCACCCAGUCAUCGCCGCUCAGGGUGUUUGGGGUGUGUGUGUGGCUGGGACUUCCUCCUCAGAAACAGACCUUCUUUCCUAACUCGCCAUCAUUCUCGGCCUGCCUUGUGGGUUUUAGCGUGGACUGGCAUCUAGUAAACUGCUGGUUUUAAUGUCUCUUCUCCCGUUUAUUAUGGUUAAUGCUCCUUCGCUAGCAUUUUAAUAUCUUUUUAUAUCGUAUUUAUGCCUCUGUCCCAUUGAUUUUUUUUUUUCCACCGCUGUGGCGUUGAUCGUAUCUACUAGAAUCCAAGCUAAGUUUCUACUUCUUUCCUCUAACGGUAACACUAUUUGUAGCGUAUGGGCGGUUUUACUUUCAUAAUUCAGUGGCAGGACCCCUGUGGCAAUUUAGAUUUGAUUUCACCGAUACUGUAAUGCAACAUUUUAUGUACUGUCCCUUAUUGGCCUCAUAAAGCUUGCUGAUGUCAUAUGGAACCCCAGAGUGAACUUCCUUCAUGCAACGUAAUUAAAUGUUCUAGCUUCUUA